AUCCUUAGGCUAUGAAUCCCAGUUAAAUCUACAGCGAAGACAUCAGAUCGGAAAUGGAAAACAGCAUGGAUAAGGUGGCCGUGGUGGUGGUGGAGCUCCAUAGAAACUCAAAAAGUUUCGCAAAUAUAGUAGAAAAUAUCGUGAAACUGGAAAAGAAGAUUUUCCCAAAGCACGAAUCACUUGCUAGAUCCUUUGAUGAAGAACUGAGUAAAAACAACAGUGGAUUGCUUUACCUGAUGGAUGUUCAUGGAGAGGUUAUCGGCUAUGCUAUGUAUUGUUGGCGCUCUUCACUUUCUGCGUCCAUAACAAAACUUGCAGUGAAGGAGAGUCAUAGAAGGCAAGGCCAUGGGGAGGCAUUACUAAAAGCAGCAAUUCUGAAGUGCAGGACCAGAAACGUCCAUCGGAUAUCACUUCACGUUGAUCCUUUGAGAAUUGCUGCCAUGGGUCUUUACAAGAAGCUUGGUUUCCAAGUUGAUAGCUUGAUCAAGUCUUACUACACACCUAACAGAGAUGCCAACAGAAUGUACUUGGAUUUUGAUUCCAGCUAAGUGCAUCAAAGCUUGCAAACAUUUUCCUUUU